AAGCGAGUGAUUUAGCCGGAAGAAGCUAGCGGAAGGUGCGCUCCGUCGAGUCCCGGUAAAAGUUGCUGCAAAACGGUGCGAUCCGUGACUGAAAAGCGACGUGAAAGUUCGUGCUCUGGCGCAGAAAAAAAAAGAAUCUAGGAGGCAGACGAACUGUUGGGAAUAAUGUCUCUUAUUCUAAUCACAGGAAUGCCAGGCGUGGGUAAAACCACCAUCAUGCGUCACGUAGGCACCGAACUCCAGCGACGUGCAAUCGCAUUCGACGGUUUCUACACCGAAGAGCUGCGCAGUCCCAGCGGAGAGCGGUCCGGUUUCGACAUCGUAACAUUCGACGGCAAACGAGCACCACUUGCACGAGCCAGCGACUCCAUUCGUAACGCUUCCGCCAAAAAUCGCGUCGGAAAGUACACCGUCUGCGUGACGGAAUUCGAAUCCGUAGCAUUGCCGGCGCUGGCCAUUCGAUCCACAGCCAAUCUGCUUCUGCUGGACGAGAUCGGCAAGAUGGAGCUAAAGUCGCGCCCCUUCGAGGACAGGCUGCAGCAGAUAGUGGACGCCGUCACGGCACCACCUGGGGGUCGGUUGAAGUUUGUGGCCACCGUGCCAUUAAAGGCCUCGCUAAACAUUGUGGAACGCUUGAAGCGGACGCCGGGCGUGCAGCUUUUCCACGUGACCGUGUCGAACCGGGAUAAGAUAAAGCAGGAUAUUUUGGAGGCCGUCGUGAAGAUGGUUUGAAAAUGUGGACAAGUGGGACAAGUUCUGCCAAACUUAAAU